CUAGCACUAAUAGCACUGCUAUGUGACAAGCGAGCUCAGUUGGCUGUUCUGGCUGUCUGAGUUGGUUCAUGUCUGAUUGUUUGUGUUACGUUACCAUUCCCCAACACGUCGGCAGAUAGUAGUUGCUAACUACAUGGGCACUACACUAUUGGCGUUCAGAUGUCCAAGGCACUGGAGGUGAUCGAUAACUGUUUUCGGCAUAAUCACAAGCCAGGAAAAUCGAUAGAGAUAACAACAGCUUUGAAUCGGAAAACACGCAAGGCUAUUUACCACUGCGAGAUAAAAGCUGCGAGAGGUAUGUGUUCCCUCAUCAUAAUCUUAUCCUGCAUCCUGCAUCCCGCUAGUACUCUCCUGGGUGAAGAGAGUACUACCUAUUUUAAAUAUUCACGAUGUUUAUUCUUCUCUUACUCGUUUCUCUUGUUUCAUCGAUUAACGCUGCAUCGAUUGUAUCUCGCUCGCAGUCCUACCCAUUAUCUCAGCCAGCAGUGCUUGGUCCAAAAACUAGAAUGACCAUAGGUAAUAAGUUCAUCGCUCCUGAUGGCUUCGAACGCUCAGCAACUUUAGUUAACGGCAUAUUCCCUGGACCUUUGAUUGCAGCUCAGAAGGGAGAUGACUUUGCCAUCGAGGUGGUCAACGAGCUCAAGGACGAAUCGAUGUUCCUGAGUACCAGUGUCCACUGGCACGGUCUCUUUGAGAAUGGGACGAAUUAUGCCGAUGGAACAUCCUUCGUCACACAAUGCCCCAUUGCGCAAAACCACUCUUUUUUACACUCUUUCUCCGCUCCGAACCAGGCAGGCACCUUCUGGUAUCAUAGUCAUUAUUCCUGUGAUGGUCUGAGAGGACCCCUGGUAAUCUAUGAUCCCCAGGACCCUUUGGCAUAUAUGUACGAUGUUGACAAUGCGAGUACCGUAAUCACACUGUCCGACUGGUAUCACGUUGUGGCCCCGGUUUUGCGCAACAUCAUAGGUACAACCGCCAACUCCACGCUCAUCAAUGGACUGGGCCGAUAUGCUGGCGGACCCAUGUCUGAACUCGCUGUGAUCAGUGUCGAGCAAGGAAAGCGUUAUCGCAUGCGCCUUGUUUCAACGUCGUGCGACCCCAACUAUCAUUUUUCCAUUGAUGGCCACAACUUAACCGUCAUCGAAGCGGAUGGACAGCUGACCGCACCCCUGGUAGUAGAUGAGCUCCGUAUUUUCGCGGGUCAGCGCUACUCCGUGGUUCUGGUAGCUGAUAAGCUGGUGGAUAACUACUGGGUACGCAGUCUUCCUAAUCUGGUAAAUGCGUCCUACGCGGGAGGAACGAACUCUGCAAUCCUGCGGUACCAAGGCGCCCCGAAUGUCGAUCCGACUACGGUCAAUACUACAUCUGCGACCCCAUUGAAAGAAACAGACUUGCAUGCGCUGAUCAAUCCCGGUGCUCCUGGCAUUCCAGAGUAUGGGAAGGCAGACAUCAACCUCAACCUCUCGGUGACCAGCAAAGGCGGAUUAUUCUACGUCAAUGAUGUCCAAUACAAUCCACCCACCGUUCCAGUUCUGCUCCAAAUUCUCAGCGGAGCUAGCGAGCCAUCUCAGCUGCUUCCAAAUGGGAGUGUCAUAGUUCUAGAGGCUAAUAAAGUGGUGGAGUUGACAUUGUCAACUAGCGGUGCAGGUGGACCCCAUCCCAUACAUAUUCAUGGGCAUGCCUUCGAUGUCGUACAGAGCGCAGGCAGCAAAGACUUCAAUUAUGUGAAUCCCGUUCGCCGCGAUGUGGUGAGCGCUGGCAGCAGAGGGGAACAAAUGGUGAUCCGAUGGACGACCGACAAUUCUGGUCCCUGGUACUUGCAUUGUCACAUUGACUGGCACCUCGAUGCCGGUUUUGCCGUGGUAAUGGCGGAAAGUCCCUCAGAUACCGCCGCACACUUGAACACCGUGCCACAAGAAUGGCAUGAGUUAUGUCCGAUCUUUGACUCUCUAUCACCCUCACAGUUGGGGGGUGGAGGUCGCAAGUCCUAUGAAGAAGCAGCUAAUAUUACCACAAUCCUUUUCCCGCCAGAACGACUCCCUUAUAAUUAGAUACAGUAGUAAACGUCCUAAUCUCGGGGGCAAGACAAAUUGAUGUAAUGCGGGCCAAUCUCUUGCAGGUUUUUCCCUAUUAUAGGUACCGCUAUAAAUAACUUCCCGGUACUAUUUAUACCUUACUAUGUACUAGCCUUAGUAGAGCAGACUAGAGCUUACUGGCUCCAGCCUUAAAUAUACUUUAGUACGUCAUGAAUGCAUGACUACGG